AGAGUUCGUACGGAGCGGACGUCUCGAGACUAAUUACCUUAGCUUACAUGCAUUGUUUACGAGGGUGCUCUCACUAAGCUCACUUCAUUUGAAUUGUCAGACGAUGAUGUUUAACAUUGUUAUUUAUAGUAUGGAACUCGUUCUCGGUUCUUGAGGAAUUUAGCAGCACCGAAUAGGCCUGUACAAUCGUCUAACACCUCUGUGGAAACCUUUACAAUACUGCACAAAGAAAGCUGCCAUAGAUUAGAGUAUCUCGUCGAACGACAAAAGCAAUUAUGUAUGCUUUCUGAUAAAAUGGUACAGGUGAUACAAACAGGAGCGCAACAGGCAAUUGAUGAAUGUCAGCAUCAAUUUCGGAAUAGCCGUUGGAACUGUAGUACCGUCGACAAUUCCACUGAUAUAUUCGGCGGAGUGCUAAAAUUUAAAUCUCGCGAGUCUGCAUUCGUCCACGCUCUGUCAGCAGCAGCAUUGGCUCACACAGUUGCUCGCGCGUGCAGUCGGGGCGAACUAAACGAGUGUUCCUGUGACGCUCGUGUUAGAAAGCGAACGCCGCGGCAUUGGCAGUGGGGUGGUUGUUCUGAGGAUAUAAGAUAUGGAGAAAAGUUCAGUCGUGACUUUGUAGAUGCUAAAGAAGACAAGGAUAAUGAUGAAGGUCUCAUGAACUUACAUAACAAUGAAGCUGGCCGCAGAGCAGUCCGCGGCAGGAUGCAGCGCGUGUGCAAAUGCCACGGCAUGUCGGGCUCGUGCUCCGUGCGCGUGUGCUGGCGCCGCCUGCCGCAGCUGCGGCUGGUGGGCGACGUGCUGAGCACCAGAUACGAGGGCGCCUCUCAUGUUAAGGUUGUAGAGAGGAAGAGAGGCAAGAAUAUAAGAAAACUGCGACCGCUGCAUCCUGAUAUAAAGAAACCGAACAAAACCGAUCUAGUCUAUCUCGAGGACUCUCCCGAUUACUGUGAACCGAACGACGAGUUAGGGAUAUUAGGCACGCGAGGCAGAACUUGUAAUAGGACGUCGGCUGGUUUGGACGGGUGUCGAUUGCUUUGCUGCGGUCGCGGGUACCAGACCCGAGUGCGGGACCAUGAAGAGAAAUGCAGAUGCCGAUUCGUUUGGUGUUGUCGGGUGCAUUGCGAAAUAUGUAGAUCCAAACGUGAUCACCACGUGUGCAAUUGAAAAAGACUUUGUUUUUACCUGUUAAUUUAACACACGUGCAGUAAAGGGAUGAAUGAUUUUAUUGAUUAUAAAGAUGAACAUUUUUUGUAAAUGAUUUACGUGAAGUUAUAUGUUUGAUUUAAAAUUACCACAAUUUGUAUUUUAUCAGAAGAUUGAUUUUAUGAAAAAACACAAGGUUAUUUUUCAAAAGAAUUAAAUUCAAAUGUUCUUAAUGAUAUUGUAUUUAUAUCAGUAAGAACUUUUAAUGGUACGGAGUAAAGUAUUAAGUACAGUUUCAAACAUGAAAAGGUAUCGAUGUACUUAAUAAUCAUAAUGCUUAAAAAAGUAACUCAUCUAAUUAAUGAUUCAUUUUAAUUAAUAUUAACUGAUGGCAAUGUUAACGUAUAUUCAUUAAAAGUGUUAAUUGUUUAUGAAGUACUUACACGAUUUCCUCAAAUAUAAAUGCUUCAUGCGACUCACCAAUUACAAAAUACGGACUGAUAUGUUUAGUUACUUAUAUUUUUAAGUAUGUUUCUCUGAUUGUAAGCUUUAAAAAAUUUUACAGUAUUACCAACUAAUUUAUUUUACUUUAAUGUAAAUAUUACAAGCAAAUUUGUAAAUACCAUUUUCGUUAUUAGGUUAUUUUAUUUAUCAGUACAAAAAGAACGAUGAAACUCAUUCUAAUUGAUUGAAAUAGUAGAAAGUGUAAUAUUUUGCCAAUGGUCGUUUUUCUCAAAUUUUUCUUUGUUUUACUUUAUUAUUUUGUUUGACUUGAAAUAAGCAGUAACUUAAAAUUUCCUGCCUUGACUUAUUAGCAACUUUAAUGUGAAGUUAAGAAUUCUGAAUAAAUUCUUGGCAAUAUAUUACUUUAUUCUCUAACGCACUGUAUCAUCGAUUGUAAAUAGUCACUGUGUACUUAAUGUACUUAUUAGAGUUAAGUUAUUUUUACGUUCUACCUCAGAAACGAAAUCUUUUUAACCAGCUUCGACGAUUUUACUCGUAAGGGAGGAGUAAGCUCGAUUAGUUUUAGUGUCAUUUGUUGAUUGUAAAUAAACAUAAUCGGAUUAAGCUAGUAAUUUAUUAAAUUAGAUUGUGAUAGCUUUAUACAUUCUAAGAACUUAACCCCACUGGAAACAUUUAGUAUUUCGUAAUUUCAAAAUUCUUUCCAUAUCUAUAGUUUUCCGUAGGUUUAACCGUUGUAAAUACUCCAUAGUGAAUAGUUGUUGUAUAUCGUGCAUUAACUUUAAUUAAAGCUAUCUAUCAUUGGGUGCCGUCUGUGCAAUAAGUUACUGUGUUGUCAAAAGCACAGAGUGUUCCCCGAGGUACUAUUAUGGCGCCUAACUGUAUCUUGUAUUCGAAAUACACUUUUUUAUCACAUCAGCACAUUGUUGAUGAAUUUUACUAUCUUAUUAUAGUACUGAUAACCCUGAUUCUGAUAAUCCUUAUUUUAAAAUAAUCAACUAAUGUAACUACAAAUUUUAAAUACCCAAGUCGUACCAUUAAUAUAAUUAUCUAAAAUGAAUUCAAUUAUAAUUUACCUAUAAUAUUACAAAAAGAUAAAAAACAGCUAACGCUUUCCACAUAUGUAAUUAAUUCGUUUUUAAAAUUAAUAUCGCAUUUUGUCCAUUUUAAAUUAUUAAUAUAAUAAUUAUAAUAUUAGAUAUUAAAUGAUUUCCAUCGACUCAAGAGAGGUUCAUACCAAAUGUUAAUGUUAUUUAGAUAAGAAUAUAAACGUGUGCAAUCGGCAUAAUGCAUCAAGUCAAACAAGAGUCAUGGCACGUCAUAUCAACUUGGAUAAGGAUCGUCUUCUUCUUCCAGGGAAGAAGAAGAAGAAGAAGAAGGGAUCGUUAAUGUAUCACUUGCAUUGUAUCAAUGUAGCCUUACACAUCGCCUCGUCGUCGGCCUAGGAAUUAGGAUGCAUUGACGUAUCUUGUAAGUAAAGAAUACAUAUUGUCGACCAAUAGCAGUGCAAUCAUAAAUAUAGCUGUCUCUUUCGCCCCAUCGCAAUGAAAGAGCAGCAGCUCCGAUAUGUCGAUUCCGGUGUGGUAGUAAUAUAGCGUCAAAGCUGAAUGAUGGCGAGGUUAGGGGAUUGCAUUCCAUUUCGACUAGUGCUCGUUGCAGUAAGGAGUUUCAUACAGAGAGUCAUAAACGACCCGAGUAUCAGAUAUCGAUUCUUUUUCAAGUGGAUGUGCGCUAUGACCUUCAAAAUAAAUCGUUAAAAUAAUUUAAAUAGUUGAAAGUCACGGUACGAAUAAUGCACGUCCAUAGUGCGAUAUUGUCAACACCUAAUAAAUGUAAUAGCUUAAUCAUUUUUGGAUAUGGAAUAGUUACUAUUUGAUGUAAAAGGCAUACAAUAAAUGUAUCAUAAAGGAAUCAAA